UUUUUUUUGCAGAAUGGGCCAAGGGGACAGAGACUUCACUCGGGAGCCAGAACCUGUUUUCAACAUGGGUAUUUUAAGAAGAGACGGAGAGGCUGUCACUGCAGUGGUCACUGUCCUGGAAAAGUAACCGUUGCACGGCCCAGAAGUGGCUCUGUGGCGGCCAAUGGGAGCCGAAGCCUGCGAGGAUGUUGGGAACUGUAGUUCUGGCGUCGGUCGGCGGCCGAGGUCCCGGGCACGCUGGCUCUGGUCCACCUUCUCCAAUCCCUGCCUGCUGGGAGAGGAUGAUCUCUUGAGAAAGGAAAGACUUCUGUGCUCCCGAGAACCUCCUAUCAGGUCCUGGCUGCAGGGAAACAAGCUGGGCUUUUUAUAAUUAAGGUUGGAAGAAGUCACCACAGGCAGCAGAACUCCAUCUUGAGAUGAAAUAACAUCUACCUGGACCUCUGGCAGAAUUUCAAGGCACACACUGGGCUGACUCUGGCGCCAUGAUGUUGCCUUAUCCUUCAGCACUGGGAGAUCAAUACUGGGAAGAGAUUUUGCUUCCAAAGAAUGGGGAAAAUGUAGAGACUAUGAAGAAAUUGACCCAAAAUCAUAAAGCGAAAGGCUUGCCUUCUAAUGAUACUGACUGCCCCCAGAAAAAGGAGGGAAAGGCCCAAAUAGUGGUACCAGUUACAUUCAGGGAUGUGACUGUGAUCUUCACAGAAGCAGAAUGGAAGAGACUGAGUCCAGAGCAGAGGAAUCUAUACAAAGAAGUGAUGCUGGAGAAUUACAGGAAUCUUCUCUCAUUGGACGGUGGGCAAGAGCAGCAAGAUGCUGCAGCAUAUUGAUUACAGGAUGAGGUGCAUCCUGCAGGACGGCCGGAUCUUCAUUGGCACCUUCAAGGCUUUUGACAAGCACAUGAAUUUGAUCCUCUGUGACUGUGAUGAGUUCAGAAAGAUCAAGCCAAAGAACUCCAAACAAGCAGAAAGGGAAGAGAAGCGAGUCCUCGGUCUGGUGCUGCUGCGAGGGGAGAAUCUGGUCUCAAUGACAGUAGAGGGACCUCCUCCCAAAGAUACUGGUAUUGCUCGAGUUCCACUUGCUGGAGCUGCCGGGGGCCCAGGGAUCGGCAGGGCUGCUGGCAGAGGAAUCCCAGCUGGGGUUCCCAUGCCCCAGGCUCCUGCAGGACUUGCUGGGCCAGUCCGUGGGGUUGGCGGGCCAUCCCAACAGGUGAUGACCCCACAAGGAAGAGGUACUGUUGCAGCCGCUGCAGCUGCUGCCACAGCCAGUAUUGCCGGGGCCCCAACCCAGUACCCACCUGGCCGUGGGGGUCCUCCCCCACCUAUGGGCCGAGGAGCACCCCCUCCAGGCAUGAUGGGCCCACCUCCUGGUAUGAGACCUCCUAUGGGUCCCCCAAUGGGGAUCCCCCCUGGAAGAGGGACUCCAAUGGGCAUGCCCCCUCCGGGAAUGCGGCCUCCUCCCCCUGGGAUGCGAGGCCUUCUUUGACCCUUGGCCACAGAGUAUGGAAGUAGCUCCGCAGAGGCGUGGGCUCGAUUCCUCAGGGCCACGUUACCACAGACCUGUUUGUUUCUUAUGCUGUUGUUCGUGGAGUCUCAUGGGAUUGUCUGGUUUCCCUUACAGGGCCCCCUCCCCCGGGAAUGCGCCCACCAAGGCCCUAGACUCAUCUUGGCCCUCCUCAGCUCCCUGCCUGUUUCCCGUAAGGCUGUACAUAGUCCUUUUAUCUCCUUGUGGCCUAUGAAACUGGUUUAUAAUAAACUCUUAAGAGAACAUUA